GGCGGCAGCGGCAGGCGCCGCCGGGACGGGCACGGGUGGGCGCCGGCUGCCUCCCUCCGUCGCUUGCUGGCUCUCCUGCCUGCCUCCUCGCCGGUGGCGGGGUCGGGCUCGUCUCAACGCUCUCGGAAAGGAAGAAGCGGGGGCGAGAACGUCAAGUUCCUUCAGCUGCCGCGGAUCCCGGCCGAGGCGCGGGUUGCGGCUCUGACCCGACAGGACCGCGCUUGGUGGCAGGGCGCACGGUUAGAGCGUCCACUGCGGGGGACACUCGGGCCUUCCGCUCUUCGCGGUCCUGGGCCAGGACCUUAUGAGACGUGCCCACGAGGGGCGCGAGAUCCGAAGCCCGAGCGGCGCGCGGCGGAGGCGGAGGGUGGUGCUGCAGCUCCAGAGUCUGAGAGCGACCGGCAGGAGGCGGCGAGAACUUGAACUUGGCGUUGGGAGCGGGCGCCCCGGACGCCCCCCGCCGGGGCCGGGGCGCCGAGGGACCUGGGAGGCAGCGUCGCCCCCCGAAUGGCCGCGGCGGCGGAUCGGACUCCCGCGCCGCGGCCCUAGGCGGCCUCUCGACAUGGCCAAGUGGCUGAACAAGUACUUCAGCUUGGGCAACAGCAAGACUAAAAGUCCCCCGCAGCCGCCGAGGCCCGACUACCGUGAGCAGCGGCGCCGGGGCGAGCGGCCCUCCCAGCCCCCCCAGGCCGUGCCGCAGGCCGCCUCGGCGUCCUGCGGUCCGGCCGCAGCCUCCUGCUUCUCUGCCUCGUCGGGCUCUCUGCCCGACGACAGCGGCAGCACGAGUGAUCUCAUCCGCGCCUACCGCGCACAGAAGGAGCGCGAUUUCGAGGACCCGUACAACGGGCCCGGCUCGUCGCUGCGCAAACUGCGCGCCAUGUGCCGCCUGGACUACUGCGGUGGCGGCGGGGAGCCCGGCGGGGGCCAGCGCGCCUUCUCGGCCUCAUCUACGUCGGGCGCCGCGGGCUGCUGCUGCGCCUCCUCGGGCGCUGGCGCCGCCGCCACGUCGUCCUCGUCCUCCGGCUCCCCGCACCUCUACCGCAGCAGCAGCGAGCGGCGGCCCGCCACGCCGGCGGAGGUGCGCUACAUCUCGCCCAAACACCGCCUCAUCAAAGUGGAGAGUGCCGCCGCGGGCGGUGCCGGGGACCCUCCGGGGGGCUCCUGCUCCGGCGGCCGCACCUGGAGCCCGACAGCUUGCGGAGGCAAAAAACUGCUCAACAAGUGCGUAGCCUUGGCCGCGGAGGAGAGCGGGGCAGGCAGGAAGGACAAGGUCACCAUAGCUGAUGACUACUCGGAUCCCUUUGAUGCCAAGAAUGAUCUCAAGAGCAAAGCAGGAAAGGGGGAGAGUGCUGGCUACAUGGCCUAUGAAGCCCAGAGGAUCAUGACAGGUAAGCACAGUGUCUUAGUUCAUUUUCUGUUGCUAUUAUAGAAUACCUGAGACUGGGUAAUUUAUAAAGAGAAGAGUUUUUAGUUUACAGUUCUAGAG